UGCUAGACUAUUGCUAGAACAGUUUUAAUUUAACGCACGAUAUGAACAGGUUUUCCUACUGCUACUUGACAUGCGUGCGUCAGUAUUGUUUUUCUUUUGCUCUCGGAUUUCUUCCUGACUCUCCGAAACUGUCAACUGCGUGUUGAACGACCAAAUUGGCCGGAACCGAAACGCGACGUGCUGCGUGGCCGCCAGAAUUGUUGCGGCAAACUGGGGACCGGCAGCUGCGAUUGUUGGGAUGGUCGGCGAGAGUAGGUGUUAAGCGUCACAAGCCGCUGCUCCGCUAGUCCCGGUGUUCACCCGGACAGUGUCGUCGUGGGCAGUUGAUAACACCGUCACGAUCUCGCGCCAAGCCGGUUUAGAGAAAAGUGAGGGUCGCCGUGACUGUGCAGCAGCGGAGUGGCAGGCGCUAAGUGUUUGUUUCCAUUACCCGACCCGGUUUCACAGUGAAGGAAUGUGGUUUUUGCGAACAGCUUGCUGACUCAGCUGCCUGUCUCGCCUCGUACCUUCGUUAGUUGGGACACACUGUCGAGUCGGCGAUGAGUGCAUAAUCAUGAUAACGUGGACAAGGCGAUAAGUUCCUUUCGACACACCUUCUUGGCAGGAAUCCUCUAGCUAAUCGCGGACACACACGUGCACAGAAGAUCAUCAUCUCGAGACGGGCGGACCCAGCACCUCACCAGCCGCGAGUGACAUUAUGCAACGUACGUACAGCCGAGAAGUGGUGGCUGAUACAUAACGUGGUGCUGUGAAGUAGUGUGUGCGUUGACCCGACUGAGAGCUGGUGCUCGCGACAUACGGUUUCGAAGCAAAGUAGCAGAAGAAGCGCCGGCACAACAGUGUGAUUUGUUGUCAACAUCUGCACAUCCACCAUGGCUUCCUUGGAGCGCAGCAAAUUGAUUGGCGUGAUCGAUGCAGGCACGAACAGUACGCGGUUUGUGAUUUUCAAAUUACCGGAAUUCGAGGAGAUUGCAGCGCAUCAAAUACGCAUUACGCAGAUUGUCCCACGCGAUGGCUGGACCGAGCACAAUCCGGUGGAGGUGCUGGAAGCGGUAAGGCUCUGUGCAGUGGAAGCGUGCCACCAGGUGGAAAAGCUUGACUAUCUCGUCAAAGAUAUCGCCGCAAUCGGUAUCACGAAUCAGCGCGAAACGACUGUCGUGUGGGACAAAAACACUGGCGAACCUCUGUACAAUGCCAUCGUAUGGAACGAUAUUCGGACGGAUAAAACGGUCGAUCGGGUGUUGGCCCGUCUGCCGGAACAGAACCACAAUCACUUCCGCGCACUGUCUGGGCUCCCAAUUUCGCCCUACUUUUCCGCCCUCAAGCUGAACUGGCUGAAGGAUAAUGUGGUGGCAGUAAGGAAGGCGUGCCGGGAGAAGCGUUGUUACGCUGGAACAAUCGACACGUGGUUGGUGUGGAAUUUGACCGGUGGUCCACAAGGUGGUGCUUUCGUGACUGAUGUAACCAAUGCGUCCCGUACGCUGUUAAUGAACAUCGAAACACUGCACUGGGAUCCGCUGCUGACGAAAACGUUCUCCGUCCAUCCGGAUAUGUUGCCGGAAAUUCGUAGUUCGUCUGAGAUUUACGGCAAGGUGAAGGACAACAGUGUGCUCGAUGGAAUUCCGAUCAGUGCGAUAUUGGGGAAUCAGCAGGCGAGUCUUAUCGGGCAACGGUGCUUAAAGGAGGGUCAGGCAAAGAAUACCUACCGAAAAGGAUGCUUCCUGCUGUACAAUACGGGAACUAGGUGCGUCCAAUCGACUCACGGCCUGGUGACGACGGUAGCGUACCAGAUGGGUCGAAAUGCACCACCGGUGUAUGCUUUGGAAGGCUCAGUAGCAGUAGCCGGUGUGGCCAUGAACUGGUUGCGCGAUAAUCUUAAAAUUAUUAAGGACAUCAAAGAUUCCGAACAGAUCGCUGGCAGCGUAUCAUCGACGGGUGAUGUUUACUUCGUACCUGCAUUCACCGGACUGUACGCUCCCUACUGGCGAAAGGAUGCGCGCGGCAUAUUUUGUGGUUUGACCAGUUUCACUACCAAGCACCACUUCGUGAGGGCCGCCUUGGAGGCGGUAUGCUUCCAAACGCGGGACAUUAUCGAAGCGAUGAAAAAAGACUGCGGCAUAAACCUGAACAAACUUCACGCGGAUGGUAUUAUGGCGAACAACAGUCUUUUAAUGCAGCUGCAAGCGGAUUUGAGCGGCAUUCCUGUGUUGAAAACGGAGGUACACGAACCGGCCGCACUCGGAACAGCUAUGGCUGCAGCUCAAGCAAACGGGGUGGAUUUGUACAAGCUGGAAGCGGAAAUCCGCGGCUAUGCAGGUGUUCAAUCACACCAUGAAACAUUCCUUCCGACGACGACCGAAGAGGAACGGAAUGCUCGUUACACCAAGUGGAAAAUGGCGGUCCAGCGAAGUUUAGGCUGGGCAGUAUCGAAGAAGAGUGAAGCAAUGACGGAUGAACGUUACAGCUUGCUAGCUUCAAUUCCGGCCGGUUUAUUCCUUGCCACAAGUUUCCUGAUGUUGGUACACUCGCAACGGCGGUGAGUCAGUGGACGAGGACACGACAACCGGUACACUACUAGUCUACUAAACGUUAACAAUCCAGUUUCGGAUACUUUCUGAACACAUUCGGUGACAAAAAAGACAAAUAGCACAACGAGUGCAUGGUGCUACCCCCUAUUACACUAAGAGCAACAAUCAACGAUCGUUAUAGGAAUGCUUAGUGGAAUGGUACUCAGGAAGAAGGUUAUUAAUACAUCGUAAGCGUUAGUCCAGUAGUAAAUGUAGGCUGACUUUAAAUUCUUGUUUUUAUAUCUAAAUCACGGUGAAGAAAAACAAAAUAGUUGCUGUGAAAAUAAUUCGUUAGAUAAAAACGCGCUCAACCGAUACAUAUUCCAAAUGCGAAAGUGCUUAAUGCGACAACGAGGACGCUAUCCAUAGAUAUUACAGUUAGACAACACGGUACGGACACAGUUUAGGUAGAUCGAUUCCAAUUUGCAACCGAAUGGCGUAAAUUUGUUUGUUAUGAAACUGUUAUAUUGAAAUAGCGAAAGGUUUGGCUUUAAUUUGUUUUAUUUAUGGGUUGGUUAGAUAGUUUACUUUUUUCAUGUACUUUACGAAACAAAACACAACUGCACUGUGUUUAGUGGCCUAUUACAUCAUACUUACGAUUGUUUUCGACAGAGUAAGAAAUAAAUUAGCUAAUAAGCUAAGGUACACAAAUAAUGA